UAUGUUUCGGUAUAUUUCUGUCGGUCGGUCACACUGUAGGUAACUACAAAACCCGGGAGCGAACAAUGGCAUUCUAUGCUGUGGCGAAUGGGCGAAAGGCGGGAAUCUAUGACACCUGGGACAAAUGUGAGCAGCAAGUGAAGGGCUUCAAGAAUGCAGUGUAUAAGAAAUUCAACACACGCCAGGAAGCGGAGCAAUUCAUUAACAUUAAAGGAUCCUACGCACCCCACGAAGUAGCAGUGCCGCUGGGACAAAAGCAGCCUCCGCCAGCCAACUGGGGCACUAUAAAGCCACAGAAGCCUCAAUAUACAGAAGCAUGGCCGGACGAAGAUCACGACCUGGUGGAGGACGAGCUGAAUGCAGCCAUGAAUGAAGUGGAGGGUGAUGCGAAACCAGCUAGCAGUAGUAAUCUGAAACGCAAAGGGGACGACUGCGACGAUAGGCAAAAGAAAGUACCUCGUCAUGUAUCCCGAGUUGCGGAAGCAGCUGGCCUCAAGCACGUCGGUGAAUUUGAUUUUGAAAUCGACACCGAGGGCUAUGUCAUUGUAUACACAGACGGCUCUUGUAUAGGAAAUGGUCGCAAGGGUGCAUGUGCCGGGUAUGGAGUCUAUUUUGGCGACAAUCACAAGCUAAAUGCAGCUAAACCAGUGAGCGGACGCGUCACAAAUAACGUGGGCGAGAUACAGGCAGCGAUUCAUGCCAUUAAGACAGCACGGGAUUUAGGCAUUGGGAAGCUUUGCAUUUACACGGACUCUCAGUUCCUGAUCAACUCGAUAACCUUGUGGGUGCAAGGCUGGAAGAGGAGGGGCUGGAUGUUGGCAAACAAUCAGCCGGUAAAGAAUGUAGUGGAUUUUAAGGAGCUGGACGAGCUACUUCAAAACAAGGACAUCAAAGUAAAAUGGAACUAUGUGGAGGCCCACAAGGGCAUUAAAGGCAACGAAAUGGCAGAUAAAUUGGCGCGACAAGGAUCCGCUCUGUACAAAGAACUGAAUUUGAAAUAAUCAUCAAUUGGACAUUACUUUUUAAAUUUCGCGCUCAAACCAAAGUAUUGAAUUCAACCGUUAUGGUAACACCAAAUAAAAUGAAAUAGACUCAUGUGCCGAGAAAUCGGCAACAACAUGGCGCGGAUUGAGCAACAUUUGCAUACCCUGGGGAAA